AUGUGUGCUACAGACCGCCUGAUCAGGAAGAAAAGGCUGCCUUCAGACAACUGGAAGAAGCUUCACAUUCACAGGCCCUUGUCUUCAUGGCAGAGCUUCAACCACAUCAAUAUCUGCUGGAGAGAUGCAGGAGAGUGCAAACAAUUCAUGAGGAUUCUGGAAUGCAUUCAUGGUAGCUUCCUGUCACAGGUGAUUGAGGAGCAAAACAGGGGACGUGCUAUGCUGGACCUCAUACUUAGAAACAAGGAAGAACUGGUUGGAGAUGUGAAGGAAUGUACUCCGGAGAACCUGGAACUGAAAAAGAAGAUUUUCGGUCAGUUAGAUCUUAUUAUUGGUGACAAUGUUAUCUUGAGCAGCUCGACCUCUUGUCUCUUACCCAGCAAAUUGUUCACUGGCCUUAAGCAUGUUAAGCAGUGUAUUGUGUCACAUCCUGUAAAUCCGCCUUACUUUGUGCCAUUGGUUGAAAUUGUUCCUCAUCCAGAAACAGAUCCUUCUACUACAGAGAGAACGUAUGCCCUAAUGAAGAAGAUUGGUCAAUCUCCUGUUAAACUAAACAGAGAAAUUGAAGGGUUUGUUCUGAACCGGCUCCAGUAUGCAGUGAUAAGUGAAGCCUGGAGACUUGUGGGUGAAGGAGUAAUAUCUCCUACUGAUCUAGACCUUGUGAUGUCUGAUGGAUUGGGAAUGCGAUAUGCAUUUAUUGGACCUCUGGAAACCAUGCAUCUUAAUGCAGAAG